AUGGAUCUCAAGACCGCAUUAAUGACUCGCAGCGACUGGAUUAAAGCAAACUGUGCUGAAUGGAGCUCUCCUCAAACGGAAACUACACAACCCAAGGAGUCGAACCACGGAAAUAAUGGAACUCUGGUCGUCGAUUCGCAUCAAAUUUUGGAUGAUAGUUUCAUCGCAGUCUCGGAUCACUCGGAACUCGAUAUGCAGUUUUCUCAAGAGGAAGAUGAACAUGAAUAUUCUGCCAUCUACAUCGAAUCCUAUGCCGACUCGACCUGUUCUUCUGAAUCGGAUUCUGUAGAAUGCGAAUCGAAUAGCGCAAGCGGCUCAGAUUCCGGAGUCGAUUCCAUUGAAGGCCAUCUUCCAAGUGAAGCGUCGCGCGGCCCGACAACAAGAACCGCCCGUCUCUAUUUGUGCUGCUCACGAAAAUAUAUGAAUCCGACGUUUCACGACAUGCUGGCGCUGCUCGGCAACCCGUCGAUCCAUCCGUGCAACGUCGUCAACGCGAAGAAUCUGGCGCUCAACGUUCGAAUGGCGACGUCCGAUUUUUGCGAGUGGCGCUCGAUGGACAACUUCAUCGUCCACAUCUUCGACAAAAUGUUCGCCAUUCAAUCAUAUAUGGGAAUCGCUUCGGAUCAACGGACCGCUGAGGAAUGCUGUCGAUAUUGUACGGUGUGCUACGCCGUCGUCUACAACAAGUGUAUCCAAAUGCGAAUGGUCCCACCGCCGCCAACGUCGUUUGGUCCCUGGUCGACGCAUGUGGAAGAGCUUCUUGGAAAGACAAGAUGUCCGUUCUUGAAAUGCCAAAUUUGCGGAAAAUGCGGAGCCACUGGACAAUAUGCGCAUGCUGUGUGCCCUCAAGAGAUGCGAAGCUUCAUGACCUUAUUUCUUCCCUAA